CGCCUAGCACAAUCUCAUCAUGCCGCAAUACGUGGAGAUCAGCCCGACGAUGGUGCCCGGCCAGGCCGAAGAGGAUUGUUUGUAUCCGAUUAGUCCGCAAUUGUUGCCCUCGACGAGUCCCUACGUGCAACCCCAUCCACUCACGUCCGCGCAAUUUCACAGCAUCCUGAAACCACCCUCCGGGCUGAGCUUGUCCCUGCUUCCCUUCAAUUACAGUCCAGGGCUGUCCGGUAUCGGGCUGUCCCGGAAUUCCGGCUCCUUCGUGCAUCCGUCCGUCGUACAGUCCUACACGGCACCCGGAACGCAGCAGCCAUCCUACUGCCUGCAGAAUCUGCAACUCCUGCAGCUGCAGCUGCACCACGCACAACUGCAGCACUUAAGACACGCAACGCUACCGAGAUAAUAGCGGGCCUUGUGUAAUACGUCGUGCCGUAGCACGUGGCACGUGACACUGUCGUUUCACGCGCACGCACGCACGCACACGUCGAGAACACUACACGUUCUUCGUACAGGUUCGACCUUGGUUUUCAUUUCAGCUUCCUCGUUUUUUUAUUUUAUUUUAUACUACCUGACUAGGACAUCGAAUCGUCGUAAUUUCAGCAAUAACAUAUUCCCACCGACAAAAAGAUUUCCACAGUGAGCAUUAUUAUCAAAAAGAACCUUUAACAGCUCAUAUUUGAGAGUAAGGUAAUAAUAUCCAAAAUGUAGUUUUGAAAUAAUUCGAAAAUAUAGUCUUAAAGAUAAUAUCAAUGAUCAAUAAGUUCUCUGAUGCGUCGAUUUUAGAAGAAAAGGGACAUUUAUAUUCGAAAGAAUUCCUAAGUCUGACUCUUAGGCCUGUUUUGCAACAAUGUAGCUUAAUUUAAGACACAGUUUGAAUUACCUUCUAUCUUUUUCUAACUUUAAAAAUUAGAAAAAGGUCAAUAGUUAAAUUGAAUUUAAAGUUAUGCUACAAAUUAGUAAUUAACGACCUUUAGUAAGAUGCGAAUUUGACUAAUUAUUUCUAGAAAAGACACGGAGAAUUCUUGUAGAAGUUAAAGAAUUCUUCCAACAGGUUUCUCUCAGCAAUGCUCACUGUGGGUUGUAACACUAUCUCUUUUCAGUGAAUUUUAAGAUGAAUUUCAGAAUGCAUAAAAAUCAAGAGACCAUGGUUUUUACAUAAAUUCUAAUCAUUCGCAACAUUGAUUGAAAAGUAAUGUUAUCCAUAUUACGACGAAUUUGUUGUCUUUUAGCUUUUGAUUUCACGGCUUAUAAUUCUUUAGAUUUUAUUAUAGCUGAUUAUUCAUUUUCUUUGCAGUUUCUUUGAAAAAUCUGUUUUUUCCUUUUACAUAACUCGCGUUUUACAUAGCUUGCACCGAUUUUGCUUCAAUUUAACGGUACAAUAAUCGCGUGACCCAUGAUAAAUCCAUCCAAUGAUGCAAUCAUGUAACAAUAAUCCAAUUGAAUUAAUACAUUUUCAGCUACCUUUACAGGAAUGGCUACACC